AUGGGCUCUCUCCAGUUGUUGCUAAGCCUAUGGACAGUUGCAUUUGCGAUCCGCCACGAAGACAGUCAGCCAAGCGCGUUUGACCCAGCGCAGGUGGCAGCCUCUCUUAACGAAGAAUUUCAGAAAGGAACCUUUUCCGAGAGUCUCGCUCAGGCUGGAGUAGUCGUGAGAGUUUUUUUCGAAAGUUGGGUGUAUGUGCACGGGCGAAGUGAUGGCAGCGAUGGUUCUUUGAAUGGUGUCAUGGAGAAGGUCGAAGCAGCAAGGUCAUGGGAUGAUGUGGUUUCCAUUCACACACGGGUGAUGUCUGCGACUCUCCUGAAUAUAGGCAUGAUGCAAGACCAUGGCCUAGACCUUUGGCCGCAUGGCAUCUGCGGUCUGGUUCUCAACACCACAGACUACAAUGAUAGGUGGCGAUGCUUUUAUCCAGCGGAUGGUUGUUCCGACCUGCGCGAUGGUACUGGCUGUGGUCGACAUUUUUGGAGCUAUACAGGCGCUGACAGGCAGAAGUGCACUUCAUUUGCCAAGCCAAGCUGCGAUUUGGCUGAGUGGUCAGCUUUUAGAACUUGGAAAUGCAGCGGCUGUCCAUACCAUCCCACCAACCUGGUUGACGGACUGAAGAUGCAAAUAGCCUGGAAGGAUGCGGUCAGGGCGUGUGGCAGCUUCAAUGUAACCGAGCAUUUCCACGGACUCACAUACAAUGAACUGGUCCUCCCGUACAAUCCUGACAGUGCUAACCAGGUGACAGCUUUGUUCUGUCGGACGGUUCCAGAUGUCUUUUCAAGUGAACAAUACCGCGGUAUUAUCGCGGCAGCGUUUAAACUGCGCAACCUCUACGAGGCCAGAUUUGCAAAGCCCAUCCCCGUGCUCGCAGCAGAUUUCGCAAGCCCCUCACCAUUCUCACCAUUAUGA